UCUAGAUCAAUUCAAGUGUGGAACUACUUCCGCGACCGGAUGUCAGUUCACAGAGCUAUGAUGAAUAUCCUUGUGCAGGAGAGGGGAGGGGCUGAAGGCAGAGUCUAGAGAUCACAGGACCUAAAGAAAUGGCUAAUCCGGAGCUUCAAGCAGUGUUCCUAAUAGAGAAGGAUGUGAACAAUGAGGUGUUGUGGGUGUGGUCAUACCCUGGUGUGGACGGGGGUCUUCGUGACCUACUCAUGAGGAAGUGUACACUGGACAAGGAGGAGGGGGUGGGACCCUACUCCUACGGCCAUCACUUAGGACAUUGGUACUACCUCAAGAACUUCAGUACCAACGAAUCGGAGAAACUGCCUAAGGUCACCUCCUUCUGCGCAGGUGUAUUAGCCAAGGACUUCAACCCUGAGAAGUAUGAGCAUCUCUCGGGGAUAUUUGGACAGGCCUACCUCGACUCUGGUACCCCUGUCUCCAUAGUGACUCACUUCCUGAGCGUCUACACUAAAGGCUUGACAACAGAUGUACCAGAAUCGUGCGAACCAUUUGCUGUCAGUAACUAUGAUAUCAGGAAGGCCUAUGUGGCAUGCUCCCUCAAAGAUCUGGUGAGGGAGUUUGGAGUGGAGACCAUUCUUAUUUACAAUGCUCUGCUGCUCAAGAAGAAGGUGGCAGUCUAUGCCUCCAGCACUGAGUCACUGCUAACUGUGUGCAGAACCCUCCCUCUGCUAGUGCUGCACAGGAAAAAUUGGGAUAUAGUGUAUCCUCAGUUGGAGCUGGAGGAGGCGGAGCUAGCAGACCUCUUACAGCAUGGCACCUAUGUGGCUGGCUUUACUGACUCCACUGUUGAGGGCCGCACCGAUCUUUAUGACCUUUUCGUCAACGUUCCAGAAGCUUCCAUCUCAGUGGCUCCUCAAUCCAAAGACAUGUUUGCCAUGACCAAGUUGCACAAGGACAUAGCCAUGAGACUGAUGGAGUGUGUGCAGGACGAUAGUCUAUCAGACCAGGCUGUCAUCAAGGAGCUGUCAGUAAAAACACGAGAGCUGAUCAACAACCUGACCACGUUGGCACCUAAAGGGGAAAAGCUCUCUCUGGACAUCCUUCACGCUAAGAAACUCACUCCCGCCACAGAGAACUUUCUCUUCAACCUAGCCACAGUGGAGGGACUUGCUGCACUCUGAUAGCUAUAGCUUGAGGCACUUUUAAUUGUUAUUGUUAUUUUUUAUAUUGUGUGUAUUAUGCUAUAUGCUUAAUUUUUUUGAUUGAAUUUGCAAA